AUGUCCGCUCCCGGGGGUAGAUCAUCACUGAUGCGUUCUUCUCCGGGAAGGCGACGACCUCCCCGGUCGCGACGUAGCCGGCCGCCGCGAACGCCCGCAGCGACGGCUCGUUGGUGCGAUCGGGCUCGGCGACGACCCGCCGGCAGGCCGGGUCCGCGGCGAGCAGGCCCGCCGCGACGACGCGCAGGGCCUCCCGGCCCAGCCCGGAACCGGUCCGGGCCCGGUCGCCGAUGGCGAUGUGCACGCCGAGGUCACGGGGCUCCGCACGCCAGCGCUCGCCGAGCCGGUCGCGCGCCACCCGGUACACCUCGACGUACGCGAGGUCGUCGCCGUCGCGGAAGGCGACGACGUGCGGCUCGUGCUGCCAGCCGUGCACCAGGGCUACGUCGUCGGCGCCGUCGACGACCCGGAUCGCCCACGGUGGGUCGACCAGCGGCAGCGGAGGUCCGGGCAGCGGGUCGGCGUCGUGCUCGGCCGGGGUCACCGUCGGGCCCGACGCAGCGGGUUGGCGAGAUCGAGGUAGACCGACUGCGCGUCGAGCGGGGCGAGCAGCUCGUCCAUCCCGUGCAGCCGGGUCAUCAUGUUCGCCUUCAUCGGGAGGGUGUCGGCGCCGAGCCAGCGACGGGCGAGGCGGUCGCCGUCGGGCCCCGCGGCCGCGAGGCCCGGCAGCGCCGCCUCCAACCGCUCCGCGAGCACGCCGAGCAGGUCGCGCUCGUCGGCCCGGCCCUCGGCGCCGAGGCAUCCGAUGGGGGCGAGGGCCUGGUUGCGCAGCAGGUAGUACGACAGCCGGUCGUCGACGAGCUCGUCGUCGACCACGGCCAGGGCCGACUCCUCGACGCCGAGCCGGGCGCAGACGUCGCGGUGUCGCGAGGCCGGGAGGUAGAAGCCCUGGUUGUCACGGAAGGCGGCCCCCUGGGGCAGACCGUCGGGGCCGAGACGCACGAGCGUGUUCUGCUGGUGGCCCUCGACCCCGAGCCCCGACGAGGCGUGGAGGUGGAGCAUCGGGACCAGGACGUGAUCGGUGUAGCUGGCGAUCCAGGUCGCCGCGGCGUGCGGCCCGUCGACGAUGCCGCCGAGCACGCUGCUCCCGAGCCCCGGCCGCGGCGCCACCAGACCGGCGAGGCAGCGCAGCGCGCCCGCGCCGUCGGGGACCUCUCGGACCGAGACGUCGAGCCCGGUGACCUCCGGCCCGCCCGGCUCGCGGGGGGUGUCGACGGCGAGCCACGCCGGAUCGCGGGUGAUCGUGAAGCCCGGGUGCGCCGCGAAGGUGGCGUCGGCGUAGCCGCCGCGCAGCAGCCGGUCGACCUCGACCCCGCGCCGCAGCUCGACGCGCAUCGCCUCGCGCUUGGAGUUGGUCAGCUGCAGGCCGAGGGAGAGCUUGAGCAUCACGGGGACGUCGCCGCGGUAGACGGUCCGCACGCUCGAGGUCGCCGACCACGGGGCCCCGAGCGGGCCGAGCGGUUCGAGGAGCCCGUCGGCGACGAGCCUCGCGACGCGCGGCCGGUGGAGCAGGUCGCGGGCCUGCCAGGGGUGCGCGGGCACCAGGACCCGGCCGUCGCGCGGGCCCCGGGGACCGGCGAGCUCGGCGAGCAGAGCCGCCACGUCGGUCCCGGCGUCGGUGGCGCCCUCGGACGCGACGGAGGGGUCGGCGGCGAACCAGUGCAGGGCGAACGCCCCGCGCAUCUCCGGCGACCAGGCCGCCCGCUCGUGCGCGGAGAUCCCCCCGCGGCUCUUCGGCGUCGGGUGGUUGAGGUGGCCCAGCAGCAGCGCCUGCUCGGCGUCGAGGAACCCGUCGCGGUGACCGUCGGGAGGCGCCUCGGCCCGCCGGUCGGCGACGAAGGCCGCGACGUGGCGGACCGACUCGGCGGUCCGCUCGACGAGGUCCGCGGUCUCCCCCGACGGGACUCCUCCGGGCCGGGCGCCGACCUCGGCGGCGAGCAGGCCGGCGCUCAGCACCGGGUCGGCGUGCUCGGCGACCACCUCGCUCCCGCCCGGCGCCGACCGCUCGAGGCGGACCGUGCCGAACCGGUGCCAUCCCGUCGGCGAGGCGUGCACGACGUCGGUGACCAGCGCCAGGCGGGUGGACCGCAGCUCGACGCGCAGCGGACCCGUCCCGACGGCCACGUCGUUCUCGGUCAACCAGCAGCGCAGCAGCGCCUCGAGGUGCGCGUGCUCGGCGACCCGGCGCGGAUCGGUGUCCUCGAGCGGAUCGACCGACGCGGCGCUGCCGGCGUCCGUGGUCUCGACCGCGGUCAUCGCGACACCCCCGCGACGGGCGCGGCCG